AUGUUGUCUAUCGAAGAUUCUCGAAUUCCUGAUCUUUCGUUAAGGGCUGGACAACCGUCACCUUACCUUUUAUUACAGGAAUGUCUGAAAAGAAAUGCGGCCUAUGGCGAUACGGAGAUAAAGUUGAGCAGUGAGCGAGUUCGACACCAGAAACAUCAAUUCGACAUGGACGUCGGCAAGCACCGAGUGUCUGUGGAAUGCUCGAAUAAACGAGAGGGCAAACAAAAGGCAUCGCAAGCAAUGCUCAAAAAAUUGCAUCCGAAUGUUCGUUUGUUGAUGUGUUGUUGUUGA